UCUCCUUAGAGAACAAUGGCCAGACUCUGUUUCCUGCUGUUCCUCUCGAUGGCCACCAGAGGGUGGAGUGCUGUGAACUAUCCUCCUGAGAUGUUCCAGGAAAGCAACUUCUGUGCUUCCUCCCUCCAUUCCCUGCCUAGAAGCUGCAAAGAAAUCAAAUAAAGUUGCCAUCACGCAGGUGAUGGCUUGUAUUUCCUCUGCACUGAGAAUGGUGUCAUUUACCAGACCUUCUGUGACAUGACCACUGGAGGUGGCAGCUGGACUCUGGUGGUUAGUGUGCAUGAGAACAACAUGCAUGGAAAGUGCACUGUGGGUGAUUGUUGGUCCAGUCAGCAGGGCAGCAGAGAAGACUACCCAGAGGGGGAUGGCAACUGGGCCAAUUACAACACCUUUGGAUCUGCAGAGGGAUCUAUGAGCGAUGACUACAAGAACCCUGGCUACUAUGAUAUCCAGGAGCAGAAUCUGGGCAUCUGGCAUGUGCCCAGCAAGUCCCCACUGGAGCUUUGGAAGAAUAGCUCCUUGCUGAGAUACUGCACCGACAACAGCUUCUUCCAGAAUCUGGGGUAUAAACUAGUUGGCUUCUACCAGAAAUACCCAGUCAAAUACGGAAUAGGGAAGUGUGCAACUGACAAUGGCCCAGCGAUACCUGUCACCUAUGACUUUGGUGAUGCUCAGAAAACAGCAUCUUAUUACUCAUCACAUGGUCAGAAUGAGUAUGAAUUUGUUGUAGGAUUUGUCCAGUUCAGGGUGCCUAAUAAUGAGAGAGCAGCCAACACCCUGUGUGCCGGGAUGAGAGUCACUGACUGCAACAUUGAGCAUCGUUGCAUUGGUGGAGGACGAUACUUCACAGAGUCCAGUCCCUGGCAGUGUGGGGAUUUCUCUGGUUUCGACUGGAAUGGAUAUGGAGCUCCCAUUGGUCACAGCAGUAGCUGGGAGAUAACCGAGGCAACAGUGCUCCUGUUCUACAAAUGA